AUGCCGCCCUCAGCCAUCCGCCAACCCCCGCAACCCGUCACCAUGGCCAAGGAGACCAAGACCAAGUCCAGCACGCAGACUGGCAAGAGGACCACCAAGGCCAAGAAGGACCCCGCCGCCCCCAAGCGCCCGCUGUCGGCCUACAUGUUUUUCUCGCAGGACCACCGCGAGAAGGUCAAGACCGAGAACCCCGACGCCGGCUUCGGCGACGUCGGACGCCUCCUCGGCGCCAAGUGGAAGGAGAUGAGCGACAGCGAGAAGCAGCCCUACCUCGACAUGGCCAACCGCGACAAGCUGCGGGCCGACGCCGAAAAGGCGGCUUACAACGCGCGCCAGUAA